AUGGGUCGAGGACAGAGAACACCAGGCCGAGGUGCUGGGUCGACAGAGGCAAGGAAACCUGCGCUUGUGUAUGCUUCACGUCGUCAUGAUGAUGGAAAUGCUCCAGACGUCAUCACGGACAUAGGCUCUACACAUUCCUACGUUGCAUGUUCUGUGUCUGGGACUUUGGGAAUACCGUAUGAGAGCGCUUCUAGUGAGAUUUUAGUGGUGAGUCUAUUGGUGCAGUCUAUUAGGGUUAGCAAACUAUUCAAAGACGUUCCGUUGGAAGUCCAAGGGAUUAUAUUCCUGGCUGACCUGAUGGAACUUCCGUUUGGGGAGUUCAACUUAAUUCUGGUGGAAGAAAAGUUGGUAAGGAAGGGGCGCGAGGCGUACUUGGCGUAUAUCAGUGUUGCUGAUUCUGAGAACUCUUCGGUUAAGGACAUCCGAACGGUGAGGAACUUUCCAGAUGUUUUUUUAGAGGUAUUAUCAGGAUUUCCUCCAAGCCGUAAGGUAGAAUUUGGGAUUAAGUUGAUUCCUGGCACAGCUCCGGUGUCUAUCGCCCCUUACCGAAUGGCACCGAAUGAGCUGACAGAACUUAAGGCUCAAAUUCAGGAGCUGUUAGAUCGUGGGUUUAUUCGUCCCAGUGUGUCUCCAUUCGAAUGA